AUGCAUAAUUUUACUCAACUGAAGUUUGUUGGUCCAUUCUUUAUUGGCAACGCCUCUAUCAAGCCAAAUCUUGGUAUUAGCUUUCCCGGGUCUCUUGUUGCUCCAAGUGGCUCUGAUGAGAAACCAGGUUUGGCUACACUAGCCAUAGCUGAAAUUCUUUCUAUGGCUGAGCAAAAUGGGAAUUUGGUUACUAUAUCUUUCUAUGAGGUUUAUCAGGAGCAUGUGUAUGAUCUUUUGGAUCCAAAACAGCCAACAAUUUCUAUAUUGGUAUAUAAAGGAAAAAUUCAACAUAAAGGACUUUCUCAGUUUUCCAAGUUCCGGUCAAAUUUGUUACAGAAUUUCACAAACUACAUGCCAGCAUGUGUGGUUCGCAAUUAUAAUUUUUAUCAUUUUCAAACCCUGGUUGGUGCUUUACUACCUUUGCCAGGGUAUGAAGAUGCUAGAAGAAAGAGUGUUGAUGACCUUAAUCUUGUUGAAAGUACCAAAAUUAAUCGGUCCAUAUAUGCCAUACAUAAUGUCGUUUAUUCACUGAAUGCCAACGAAAGCCAUGUACCUUAUUGGGAAAGCAAGCUUACUCACAUGUUAAAAGAUUCUUUGGGUGGGCUGAACAAAAUUAUAAUGAUCACUUGCUUGAACCCAUCCUUUUGCCAAGAUUUUGUGUACAUGGUAAGUUUAGCAUCUUGGUCUUGUCUAGGUAUCAAUCAGGGUGCAGUGGACUCCACAAAGAAAGCCAAAAGUUCAACAAGACCAAUGGUGCCUUCUUCACAUAAGAAGAAUAUUCUACCUAGAAGUGUUUCCACUACUGUGAAGAAACAUACAGCUUCAAAAGUGCAUCUUUUUGAAAAGAAAGCCAAUUGUUUGGCUUCUGCACUGAAAGGAAGGAAACUAUUUGAUGAAGCAAUUCAUCGGACCACAUCUGAGAAGGCAAGUUCCUUACCUAACAUUGUUUCAACCGUUGAACCUUUGGAGCAGGAAGAGGUACGGUUUUCUGAAACUUUUUUUUUUUUUUUUGAAUUUAUUAUUUUGUGAAAGAUUGAACUUGUUAACUAGCGUGUUUGCUUCUUCUAAGAUGCAGCAUAAAAUAAAUCUCUAUCCUAAAACCCUAAAAUGCAGCAUAAAAUAAAUCUCUAUCCUAAGUUUGCACAUGCUAUAAAUACACACAUAUACAAAAAAAAUAAAUCCCAAAUACAAAAUAAGAAAGCUAUUCAUUAAAAAUUUAAUAUUCAUUUUGUUAACAGUGACUUUUAAGAGGUUAUCCCUUAAAUUAUGCCUUAAAACUUUAAUUAUUAAUAUCCAUACACCUAUCAUGAGCAAAAGAGAGAGAAAAAGAGAGGAUCAAAUUGCCAAGAGAGGAAAAUCGGUAUUUUUUUUUCCCCCAAGGGAGAGAGAAUCACGUACGUGGCGGUGUUUUAAUCAUUCAUUGUCUAGAUUAUGCGAAAAGAUUGUAUUUUUUUUUUUUUUUUUUUUUUUCAUUCCGUUUUCAGUCUUGUGUUUUGCCCAGAUCUAUUGCAGUUUAUAUCCGCUAACAUAAAGGCUGAUUUUUUUUUAUUUUAUUAUUAUUCUGAUUGCUCUAGUUUGUGAGAAAUUGUAUUUUGUAAAUUCAUUUCCUCUUUUAUUUUUGUUUUUUGUUCAAGUUGUA